AUGGGUUCUUGGGUGCGCACCAUCACGUCGCCCUUCAGGAAGAUGCUCAACCCGCAGCGGGACGGCAAGAAGACGCCGCGCCAUCGCCGCCGCCACCACCACCACCACCAAUCUCCUUCUCCUUCUUCAUCAGCCAUGGAGCACAGCGGCGAGAUGGAGAGGUCGCAGCUCUACGGCGAGGUGAUGGCGUGCACGUACGAGGACGUGCAGGUCAUGUGGUCCAUUCUCGACAAGGCCAGGAUCUGCAGCGGCGCCGCCUCGUGA